UUGAUUUGCAACAUAAAUAUUAAAAUAUGUGCGAUUAUGCAGUUGUGCAGUUGGAAAUUUUCCUUAAUUUAGGCACUGAUUACGGGUAAUAUAUGCUGCUUUAAGCACCGUUUUAUGUAAGAACUCUAGGCAAACGUUAUAAUAGAUAACAACUAACUUAAUAAGAUGAUAAUGUAUGUAGCCACAAUGCACAAAUGUGUUUUUGUACGUAUUUGUGUUUAGUGUUAAGUUUAACUCAAGAAAGAAAAUAAACCGACAAAAAUGACUCUGAGCCAAAUACAGGGAUUCUACAAAAAUCAAACCGUCUUCAUAACCGGAAGUACUGGCUUGUUGGGAAAACUCGUUCUUCGGAAAUUGUUAACCACAUGUGCACCGAAGAAAAUCUAUCUUCUUAUAAGACAACACAAAGGAAAAUCGGUGGAGGAAAGACUUGAGACACUCCUAGACAGCGCUGACUUGAGACGGGAUAAAUCGGAAUUCAAAGGGAAAAUUUUUGCUAUCAAAGGAGACUGUGGUUUACCGGGACUGGGCAUAUCACAGGAUGAUAGGAAUACUCUAGUAAAUGAAACGACUUGUAUUAUUCACAUUGCAGCUACUAUAAAAUUUAACGAGCAUUUACGAUUGGCUGCAUAUAUUAAUGUACGCGCUGUGCAGGAUCUCCUUCAUUUGGCUAAAGAAGUUCGCGAUUUAAAGGCUAUUGUGCACGUUUCGACAGCUUUCUCAAACUGUAACCAUAAAGAUUUAAUAAAAGAACAAUUCUAUGAGCCUGGAAUGACAGCCACAGAGCUCUUGAAAAUGCUGGAAUCAAUGAAUGAUGAAGCAAUAACCAACACCACUCCAGACGUUCUAGGUUCUUGGCCCAAUAGCUACACAUUCACUAAAGCUGUAGCCGAAAAUAUUAUCAAAAACGAAGCUCAAGAUCUACCGAUUUGUAUCGUCAGACCGGCGAUUGUGAUGGGGGCAUGCCAAGAGCAAAUAUUAUUCUAGCAGCAGGGUGGUACUCAGCAUCCAAAAAUCCUCCCUCACCGAUCUAUAACUAUGUAGGUUCUGAGAAGAAUUUGAUAACAGGAAGUCAGCUCGACCAUUACGGAAAAUUAUUUUCCCAAAUGUACACCAGCAUGCAUACUGUUAAUGUGUACUUUUUGAUUUUUACUAAAAACAAGUACUACCUUAGGUUCUGUCAGUUCUGGUUCCAUCUCGUACCAGCGUAUAUCGCAGAUCUGGUUUGUUUAUGUCUUGGAAAAAAACGAAGGUUCGUUAAAAUGUAUCAAAAAUUACAUAGAAUUUGUGACUUGGUAGGAUUCUUUAACGUGAAUUUGUGGAAAUUUGAAACUACGAAUAGCGAAGUUAUGUGGAAAGUCUUGAACGAAAAAGACCAAGAGUUGUUUCCGUUUAGCAUGGAGAACUUGCAAUGGAAAAGUUUUUUGGAAAGUUGUGUGAUAUAUGGAAGGAUUAAUUUCCUGAAAGAUCCAAUGCAUACUUUACCACAAGCCAAACGAAAACGGAAAUUCAUUAUAUUAUUAUAUUAUUGCAUUGUUUUUGCACUUGUGUGUGUCGUGUGGUGUUUGAUUUGAAUUGUUAAAUUGCUAUAUUAUCCAUCUUUAUACAGGGUGUUAUUGAAAUACAUGGAAACAAAAAAUCUGGUGAAUGUAGGGAACCUAAGAAGUCAAAUGAA